UUGAUAAAUCUUUCUUUCUGUCUGUCGUUAAGUAAAGUCAAAUUAAUCUUAAUACAGACAAUACAAAAUUAAGCCACAUGUAUUUGUGUCCUGCCCCUUUAAAUUUCGCCGACCAAUCGAGAAAGUCGACACAUCCUUUUCCGUCUCAAGCCACACACUAAACACACAGGCGCUGUAUGCUCAUCCCCAGGACAGCAAAACACCCAGACAGAAACAAAAAUAACCAAAAACAAAUUGCUGCAGCGCACCAUGGCCCAGGAUGGGGUGAUACUGCAAUUCAACUUUCCCACAUUCGGGGACUCCAUGCUUCAAAAGAUGGAUGCUCUUCGUCGAGACAAACGCUUCUGUGAUGUUGUGGUCCGCAUCAAUGACUUGGAAGUGCCUGGACACAAAGUGGUCUUUGCCGCUGGCUCCCCUUUCCUUAGAGACCAGUUUGUCCUUCAGGACUCUCGUGAAGUGCAAAUAUCUACACAGCAGGACGCAGAGGUUGGACAGAGGCUUCUCCUGUCCUGCUACACAGGGACACUGGAGUUCCCGGAGCUUGAAUUAGUACACUAUUUAACAGUUGCUAGUUUCCUACAGAUGGGUCAUAUUGUAGAGCAGUGCACCGAAGCUCUCAAUAAAUUCAUAAAACCACACGAGGUCAAAGGCGAGCAUGCAUCAUCUCGACAGCCAUCCAACUUCAGCUCACAGCGUGGCCGACCGGCUGCGGAGACAGCAUGUGAUGAAGAGGAUGAGGCGGACAAUGAUGGAGAAGAUGACUUUGAUGAUGAUGAUGAUGACGAUGAUGAUGUAAUAAUACAGCCCAAGUCUCCAGCUGUGUUUAGAAACUCUGAGAGCAACAGCAGAGGAGAGGAGAGUCCCAUCAGCAUCGUUAAGGUGGAGUCAAUAGAUGAGCGAAUGCCUGAUAACUUUCAGAGUCGCGCAAGUCGCUCGCCAACACUGCGCUCACCUGAGCCACAACACUCCCUAAUAAACUCCACAGUGGAAACCCGGCCCGCCGAAAUCGCUGUCAAGCCCACAGCUGAAUAUUCGCUGUCCCCACCUGGACCCAGUGGCUCGGGGAAAGGGAAUCUUUGGGGAUGCUCAAGGAAUGCCGAUAAGAGUAUGCAGUGGUACCACCAGUGCCCGAAAUGUGCUCGCGUGUUCCGUCAGCUGGAGAACUACGCCAACCAUCUGAAGAUGCACAAGCUGUUCAUGUGCCUCCUGUGUGGGAAAACAUUUACCCAGAAAGGAAACCUGCACCGGCACAUGCGUGUCCACGCCGGCAUCAAACCCUUCCAAUGUAAGAUCUGUGGAAAGACUUUUACUCAGAAGUGCUCGCUGCUAGACCACCUGAACCUUCACAGUGGGGACAAACCACACCGUUGCAAUUACUGCGACAUGGUGUUUGCACAUAAACCAGUUCUCCGUAAACACCUGAAGCAGAUCCAUGGAAAAAACAGUUUUGAUAAUGCCAAUGAAGGCAGCUUGCUGGAAGGAAUAUAAAAUCAUAUUGUUGUCUAAAUAAAUUCUAUUAAUAUACAUGAUGCAGACAUAAUUCUGUAUAACAGUGGUUCUCAACUAGGAGGUCUGUUCUCAGUAAGGACGAUAAUUAUAACGAUAAAGAUAUCAUUUUUAAAUGUAAACGAAUAGCUGAGUGCACACCAGUACUAUAACAAUGACGACUCAUUGGAACAAUAUUGUUGGAAUCACUUUCAUUAUUAUUUUUUUUUUUCACAAAUUAAUUUUCCAAUGAUAUACGAUUAAAACAUUGACAGCCAAUCAGAAUCAAUUCAAUUUAAAAAAAAAAACACACAUUUAAAGCAGCCAACUGCAGGACUGCAUUGCACACAUCACAGAUAAUAUUAAUUAAAAUUCUAAAAACCAACAAAAACAAAGAUUAACUUGUUGCAUUUUUUAUUAUUUAUUUUAAAGAAAGGAUCAGAGGUACAUCAUUAACACAGGUGCAUCAAAUAAGACAAAAAAGAUUGUGAACCACUGCUGUAAAUGAAUACACUAAAUUACAAUAAUGAAGUGUCCGCUGAUUGGUAGAUACAUGUAAAAUCAAAGUCAGGUUUAAUAUUUUCUUUUUGCGUAUUGCAGAUCAAGGGAAAUGUAUUGAGUUGAUUUUGAAUGCUGCUGUGGCAUCAUUUGGCUGUGUUUUAUCUUUUGUAAAGAUUAAAAUAGAUUUAAGUAUAUCUGAUCAUACCAUAUUUCAGUUUUGAAUGCUAAUGUAUAACUUCCUCAGUUGCAGACAGCUGUAUUUGAACACUGUUGUGCAACUCUUUGUCUGUAAUAAAUGUUUCCAUGCUUCCAUCUGUGUAAAUAUGCCAGAAUCUGGAGAAAAUUGCUGGCUCACUAAUAAAUAACUGCAGAUACUGCAUGAAAUGUGCACUUCUUUUUGUUAAUGUUCAUCAAAAUGCUACAUCAAAUCAACAUGAUAAUACAUUAGGGAUUUCUACAUUCAGACUGAUUACAACUAUGUUUAUUUGCUUUUAUGAGACACCACUAUGACAGAGCUGUAUCAUGGUGGCAAAGCAUUACCGUGGACACAUAGCAUGUCGACCUCCAUCCAGAAUUGAUAUCUGUUAUAAAUGUCAGGAAGACGACUGCAUGAGCUACUUCCACUACUUCACCUGGUCUGCCGAGAGCAUGCAUCAACUUGCACUUCUCAAGGAAAGUGUGCUAUUCAAUUCAAACUCACAAUACACAUUGUUUCAAAGCAGCUUUACAGAAAAUGCAUGUUUACAAUUUAGUGUUAUCAAUUUGAAACAUUCAUUACAGUAAAAUGAGCAUUUGAUCUUCACUCAUCUCCUGAGUAUACUGGUCCUCAUCAAAUCCUGCACGCUUGUUUACUUCUGUUAUAAUUACUCCUUGGCUAUUAAAAUGAAGCAUUUUGUAUUACCUCAAUGUGACAAUUCUGUGGCAUGUUAAACAACAGAAAGAAACUUACCAUACUGCAUUGGCACGUACUUGCUUUGAUGCCAACUCUAUAAUUCAAAUAAGAUGAA